CCAAAUGUAGGAUGGACUAUAUGCAUUAACUAAUUGAUGGUUUGACAAAUUACCACACAUACCAUAAUCCAAUCUCUCCAAAGAAAUUGCAAUAAGCACAUAAACUCAUAAUCCAACCCUUGUUCAUCAUUUUCUCUCUCAUCUCAAUUCUCAAAGCUGCUCCCUCAAUUGCUACCAGUCAACCUCUACCAGCCCACAUUCUCUCUCUCUCUCUCUCUCUAAAACCUUUUUUUGUUUUUAUAUCCUUAACUCUACCCGACCCCACUUCCCCCCUUCAUCUGCACGUCCUCUCUUCUCUCUCUCUCCAAAUUUCAUCACCAAAUAAAUAAAUAAAACCUUCAAUUACAAAAUUGCUUAUUAUUUCUUCAUUUUCGUCGCAAAUGGGCGUCGAUAUGUCUAACAAUCCCCCAAAUUCCCAAUUCCCUAAAGACUUCUUCUCUUCCCCUGCUCUCUCUCUUUCCCUAGCUGGGAUUUUUCGAGGCGCGGAUGAUACAACGGCUAAAGCAAAGAGUACGGAAGUGGAGGAGGGUGAAGAGGGGAGCGGUGGCGGAAGGCGUGAAGAUACGGUUGAGAUUAGUAGUGAGAACUCCGGCCUUGCUCGUUCGAGGUCGGAGGAUGAUUUUAUGAUUAAUGCUAAUGAUGACGACGAUGAUGACGAAGACGGUGGUGGUGGUGAUGAUAAAGGGAAGAAAAAGAAGAGGAAAAAAUAUCAUCGUCAUACUACUGAACAAAUUCGUGAAAUGGAAGCGUUGUUUAAAGAGUCACCACAUCCAGAUGAGAAGCAAAGGCAACAACUUAGCAAACAAUUAGGCCUCCAUCCUAGGCAAGUCAAAUUCUGGUUUCAAAAUCGCCGAACUCAGAUUAAGGCUAUACAAGAGCGCCAUGAAAAUUCUUUACUGAAAACGGAGCUAGAAAAGCUAAAAGAGGAGAACAAGUCCUUGAGAGAUAACACACAUAAAUCAUCUUGCCCCAACUGUGGUUUUGCUACCACUAGUAGAGACAAUACUGCAACAGCUGAUGAUCAGCAGCAGCUGAAGCUUGAAAAUGCUAGACUUAAAGCUGAGGUUGAGAAACUUCGAGCAGUGGUGGGCAAAUACCCACCAGGAAGAGUCUCUCCAACAGCUUCAUGUUCGACUUCAAAUGAUCAAGAUAGUAGAAGCUCCUUAGAUUUGUACACUGGGGUCUUUGGCAUUGACAAGUCAAAGAUUAUGGAUGCUGUGGAUAAAUCAUUGGAAGAACUAAAAAAGAUGGCGACUUUAGGGGAGCCAUUGUGGUUGAAAAGUGUGGAGACUGACCGAGAAAUACUAAACUACGAUGAGUAUAUCAAAGAGUUUUCCGUCGAGAACUCAAGUGAUGGUGCAAAGCCUCGGAGAUCAAUAGAGGCCUCAAGGGAAAGUAGAGUUGUUUUCGUGGAUCUUCCAAGACUAGUUCAAAGCUUCAUGGACGUGAAUCAAUGGAAGGAGAUAUUCCCAUGCUUGAUUUCCAAGGCGGCUUUGGUCGAUGUUAUCUGCAAUGGUGAAGGUCUCAAUAGAGAUGGUGCAGUUCAGUUGAUGUAUGCUGAGUUGCAAAUGUUGACACCAAUGGUUCCUACAAGAGAGGUGUACUUUGUGCGAUGUUGCAAACAACUGACUCUGGAGCAGUGGGCGAUUGUUGAUGUGUCCAUAGACAAUCUUGAAGAUAACAUUGAUGCUUCACUAAUAAAGUGUAGAAAACGGCCUUCUGGAUGCAUCAUAGAAGAUAAAUCAAAUGGCCAUUGCAAGGUUACUUGGGUAGAACAUGUGGAAUACCAAAAGAGCGCAGUCCAUUCCCUGUACAGAACCAUAGUUAACAGUGGCCUUGCCUUUGGUGCAAAGCAUUGGAUGGCUACUCUGCAACUUCAAUGCGAACGCCUGGUUUUCUUCAUGGCUACUAAUGUUCCUACCAAGGAUUCAAGUGGUGUUGGCACAUUAGCUGGGAGGAAGAGCGUACUAAAGUUAGCACAGAGAAUGACAUGGAGCUUCUGCCGAGCACUAGGAGCAUCCACUUCCAACUCAUGGACCAAGAUCACAACUAAAACAGGUGAAGAUGUUAGAGUAUCAUCGCGAAAAAACUUGAAUGAUCCCUGUGAACCUAUUGGAGUUAUCCUAUGUGCCGUCUCAUCUGUGUGGCUUCCUGUAUCUCCCAGUCUUCUAUUUGAUUUCUUAAGAGAUGACUCACGCCGGCAUGAGUGGGAUGUAAUGGCAAACGGAGGUCAAGUACAGUUGAUUGCAAACUUAGCAAAAGGGCAGGAUCGAGGCAAUUCAGUGAGCAUUCAGACAAUGAAGUCUAAGGAAAACAUGAACUGGGUACUCCAAGAUAGCAGCACAAAUGCUUAUGAAUCUAUGGUGGUCUAUGCCCCUGUGGAAAUAUCAGGCCUGCAGUCAGUCAUGACAGGCUGUGACUCUGGCAAUGUUGCGGUUUUGCCUUCCGGAUUUUCAAUCCUUCCAGAUGGAUCAGAGUCAAGACCCCUUGUGCUUACUUCGAGGCAAGAAGAGAGAAGCUCCGAAGGAGGGUCUUUGCUCACAAUAGCUUUACAAGUAGUCACAAAUAGCUCUCCUGCAGCGAAGCUCACUGUGGAAUCUGUAGAGCCAGUUAGCUCAGUUAUAGCAUGCAUACUUGGGAAAAUUAAGACAAGCUUGGAAUGCGAGGAUGGAUGAGCUAUACUCAGAUUUCCUGUAAUUAGGUAGAGAUCUAUAGCUGUAAAAAAUUAUAGAUUUACCCUUGAUGUCUCUGCUUGGUGUAUCAGUCCAAUUUAUUUUGCCAUCUCAUCUCCCCAAGUUCUUAUAGAUCUUUCGAACUUGUAACAUGAAUUUGUGCCUCUUUUUCAAGGUACAGAACAAGGGAGAAUUAUAUGAGGCAUCAUAUUAGAAGCAAAAUAUAAUCUAACAAAAUAGAUUAGAUAUUCUACAAA